AUGGCCCAAUCUCGCUCUCCUUUCUCGACGGGAGAGCCCAGCCCACUUCCCUCGCCAGAGCAGCCUGGCAAUCACCCUUUCACCUUUGCUAUCUCGCCCGAGGCCUCGUCCCGCUCGUCUUCGCCCCCGGCUCACACUCAUCGCGGCUCCACCGUGCAUUGGUCUGAUGAGAACAGCGCCGCAGAUGCCAUGGCCUCGUCGCAGAACGGCAUCAAGGUCCAGGAGGACGCCGACGACAUGAGCGAGAAGGAGGCCCCGCUGCGCUUGUCUCUGAGAGAACGUCUGCGCCACUUUACCUGGACCUGGUUCACCAUGACCAUGGCCACGGGGGGCAUUGCCAACGUGCUACACACUGUCCCUUGGCGUUUCAACGGCCUGUACGAAAUUGGAUGCAUCUUCUUCAUUUUGAACAUCGUGCUCUUCAUAUUCAACGUCUUCAUGAUCAGCAUGCGUUUCUACCUAUAUCCCUCGACCUUUCGCGCCAGCUUCCUCCACCCCACCGAAUGCCUGUUCAUUCCCGCUUCCGUCAUUAGUUUCGGCACCGUUCUUCUAAACAUAUCCCAAUACGGCGUAGACUCGACAGGCCCUUGGCUCGAAGACGCUAUGGUCGUCCUUUUCUGGCUAUACUGUGGACUGGCUAUUGUCUUCUCUUGCGGCAUUUAUCUUAUCAUGUGGUCAACCCAGACCUUUACCAUUUCGAAAAUGACACCAGUAUGGAUCUUCCCCGCCUAUCCCCUUCUGAUCGUUGGCCCCCACGCUGGCAAUCUGGCCAAGAAAACCGUUGCAGAACGUUCACUCGAGAUCAUCGUCGGAGGAGUCGUCCUGCAGGGCAUUGGCUUCAUGGUCUCGCUGAUGAUAUACGCUGCCUUUCUCUACCGCUUGAUGACCCAGAAGCUACCACGCGAGUCCCUUCGCCCCGGUAUGUUCAUCUCGGUUGGUCCGUCUGGCUUCACCAUCUCCGGCUUGAUCACAAUGGGCCAAACCCUCCCCAGUUGCGUGCCCGAUUCCUUCAUGGGCGACGGCAAGCUCGCCGGACAGGUCAGCAAGAUUCUCGCCAACUGGGCCGGCCUUUGGCUGUGGGGGCUGGCCCUCUGGUUCUUCUUCGUAUCCGUCGGCGCACACGCCAGUCCGGCCACGCGCCGGCGGAUGGACUUCGCCAUGACCUGGUAUUCGUUCAUCUUCCCCAACACGGCCCUGACGACGGCCACCUUCUCCGUUGCCCAGGCGCUGGACAACAACCGCCCCAUCAACAUCGUCGGCUGCGUGCUGACCGUCGGCCUGAUCCCGCUCUGGCUCUUCGUGGCCUACAUGCAGGUGCGCGCCGUGCUGACCCGACAGAUCCUCUGGCCGCAGAAGCAGGAGGACCGUGACGAGGGAGGCUUCAAGGAGACGCCCCAGCACGGCCAGACCCGUGACGAGCGCCGCCGCGAGCGCGUCGUCGAGCAGCUGGACAACGAAGAGCCUUACCGCAGCGCCAUUCCCGGUCCCGCCCCGACUCCCUUCAUGCGCACCCCCUUCGCAAGCAACACGAAUCUUCCUGCCCAGAUGCAGGCCGAGCAACAGGCCCAGAUGUCGGAGCGCCUGAGCAAAGGUCUGCACAGAAGAAAGACAGAUUUGUUGAUGCCUUGA